AUGGGUAGCCUCGGCAAUAACAGCUACUCCUCUGUCGAGGAGAGUAAGCGAAUCUUUGACUAUCUAUGCGAUCAAUUCGACGAUACAGCUCUACCGGCUGGUGUGAAGGAGCUUAGGGAUAGCAUUGAGUUUACCUCAAGCCGAGAUGCACCGUACUUCCCUAUCCCCUUCAAAGAGACGGAGACGACCGCGGCGUUAAAGGCAGUCGAGGGUGCCGUGGCUUGCUUGUUGGCAAGUUCAGUUACUGGCGAGUCUCAGACUAGGAAAAUGAACAUCAAUUUGGAGAAGACGACGGCUUUCCUUUGCCAGGCCUACAUGGCCAAAGUCGGUGGUCUUGGAAAGCUCGAUCCUGGUGUCAAAGCUAAGCUCAAAGAUACCGACUUGCUACAAGCGCAAUCUAACCCAUAUCGUCGCAUGUCAGCAAAUCUCUAUGAGACUAAGAACCCUGGAGAGUACUAUCACAUCCAUGGAUCCCUAGAGGCUUCAACAACUUUGAAAAUGAUAGGUCUGGAGCCUUUUAGACCAGAUCUGCAGUCCCAUGAGAGCAUAGUGGAUGCUAUCGAACCUGCUGUUCGAAAGUUUAGCGUGGAAGAGCUAGAGACCAUGAAUGCUGCUAAUCGACAGGCUGGAGUGCCUGCUUUGAAGCAUGAGGAUUUUGUUGAAACACAGCAUGGCAAAACAAAUAUGGCUCUUCCACCAUGGUCAGUGGAAAAUCUCGAGUCCGAGACACCCAAGUGCCCUUUGACCCAAACCUCAGAGCAGCCUACAAGGAUCCUGUCAGGUAUCAAAGUUCUUGAGCUCUGUCGUAUCAUUGCCGGACCUAUCAUAACGCGUAUACUCGGCGAGUAUGGCGCUGAUGUCCUCAAGAUCACAAGCCCUAACCUCAGUGACGUGCCCUUCUUCCAGGUAGAUGGAAACAUGGGCAAGCACGCCGCAGAGCUCGAUCUGAAGUCACCUGAUGGAAGAGCUCAGUUCGAGCGUCUCCUUGCUGAAGCAGAUGUUGUUGUCGAUGGGUAUCGUCCUGGCGCUUUGGAGAAGCUUGGUUAUGGAGCAACUGCAUUGACGAAACUCGCUAAAGAGCGCGGUAAGGGUUUCGUCUAUGUAAAUGAGAAUUGCUUUGGUUAUCAGGGCGAGUGGGCUGGCCGUCCUGGCUGGCAGCAAAUUGCUGAUUGUGUCACUGGAAUAGCCUGGGAACAAGGCCGCUUCAUGGGCAUGUCUGAACCCAUGGUUCCUCCUUUCCCCAUUUCAGAUUAUGGAACAGGGUGCAUCGGUGCUAUCACAGCAUUGAUAGGCCUCUACCACCGAGCAACCAAGGGCGGAUCAUGGCACGGAAAGGCAUCACUUCUUCACUACGAUCUCCUGCUUUUCAAAGUCGGGCAGUAUCCCGAGGACAUAAAGGAAAAAUUAAGAAAGGAAAUUGGCCCAGACUUCCUGGCUUUGCGACAUGCUCACAGCGUUGAUCAGAUUUCAGGAACAGCGCUGUUGAGGAUGAGGGACAUAUAUCCGGAGCUCUUUUCAAGCGAUAAAUAUGUCGAGAAGUGGUACUCUAACGCCUACAAUGCGGAGGUAGAGGCCGUGCCCCCUGUGGUAGAAAUUGAAGGUGUGGAUGUUGGAUUUAGGAGAGCAAGUCGUCCAAAUGGUGCAGACGAGCCAACAUGGGAUUUUGGUCAUGAGCCGGAUCACAAGCUGUCGAAGUAG